AUGGACAGGGGGCAAGCGUUGGCCGUGUGGCUGCUGUGCUUCUGCGGCGGUCUGCGUCUGGCCUCGGGCAUCACCAGGGCCGAUCUAUUCUCCUAUGGCUAUAACACUGGAGACCUCAUUCUGGCUGAAGGCGACGAUGAGACGUCCAAAGUGCUGACCCUGCCGAGACCCCUGUACUUCUACGACACAUCCUUCAUGCAACUUUAUGUGGCUACCAACGGCAUCAUCUCAGCCCAGGACCUCCCAAUGGAGAAGCAAUACGUCGAUGAUGGGUUUCCCACUGAUUUUCCGGUCGUGGCGCCUUUCCUGGCUGACAUUGAUACAAGCAAUGGUCAAGGACAAAUCUACUACAGAGUGACUGAAACUCCUCGGGUGCUCAACAGGCUGGCUCGGGAAGUGCACAGAGGAUUCCCAGAUGCAAAGUUCGUACCGACUCACGCUGUCGUGGCGACCUGGGAGAACGUGGCGGCGUAUGAGGACGACCCCAAAAGAAGGCCCACCAACAAGGUCAACACUUUCCAGGCUGUAAUCGGCUACGACGAGACCGACUCCUAUGUUGUCUUUCUCUACCCCGGCGAUGGCUUGAAUUUCUUUGGAACCAGGCCAAAGGAGUCCUAUAACGUGGAGAUCGAGCUCCCCGCCAGAGUGGGCUUCAGCAGAGGAGAAGUGGCUUUUUUCCUGUUUACAAGAACGGAGGGGCCGCACUACAGCGUGACAAGUGAUGAGCAGAGUGUUAAAAAUCUGCACCAGGUUGGAAAUACUGGAAUCCCUGGAAUCUGGCUUUUCCACACUGGAAAUCGUUACUCUUUUGGCAACAUCGUCCCGGCCUCUUUCGGUGGACUUCUGGCCACUCCUCCAGCGCAAGGAUAUGAAUUUGGCUUGGACUCUACCACUCCAGAGUACGCAGAGUUUGAGGAAUAUUCAGACGCCACCUACAGCCCAGAUGAAGUCGAGGAUGACGAAUACCCUCUGACCAAUGCGGGUCCGUUUGAGCCAGCAGCAGUGGAGGAAGCCCCAUCAGGUCCCGUGGAACCGGCUCUCACCCGGGUCCCCUUCACAGAGAGCACCGAGGACUUACCGGUGACGGAGCCCAGCGAGAGGCCUGAGGUGGCCCCCAGGCUGUAUGCUCCUCCCCCUCCAUCGGAAGACACAAGGAACCAGCAUCCAGAACAGCCACAGGUUCCCCUUGAAGUUAUCGACGUCUACCCUCCUCCCCCCAGCAACCCUCACCUCUCCCCGGGUGGGUACGUGGUCAGCGUGGACGAGGACGAUGUUGACUUUGACACGGGAGGAGAAGGGGGAAAGUCCUCUUAUGCAAAGCUCCCAAACCUCAGCUCUGUCUGCAGCCGCCGGCAGCACAAUACUGUCGUUGUGAGAGACCGGGACUUCCAGGUGUGUCUAAAACCACCCAAACUCACUCCCACCAACUUCUGA